AUGUGGAAGGAAGAAUCGUUGGAUAUUAUCCUUGUCCCGGCAGGUCUCACCGUCAUGGUCGCCUAUCACGUCUGGCUCGGCUACGCUAUACUUCACCGUCCCAAGCUCACUGUCAUCUCUCUCAACGCCGAGACUCGUCGACAAUGGGUCUUCUCUAUGAUGACCGAGCCGCUGAAAAAUGGAACUUUGGCUGUACAAACAAUCAGGAACAACAUAAUGGCAUCGACGCUAUUAGCCACCACAGCGAUCACUCUCUGCUCCAUCAUCGGCGUCUUUGUAAGCAACGGCUCGGCGUCGAAAUCCACGGCGUCGGUUAUCAUCUACGGGAACAAGAGCGCGCGCCUCGCGUCGAUCAAGAACUUCACGAUCCUCGUCUGUUUCCUCAUGGCCUUUCUCUGCAACGUGCAGUCGAUCAGGUACUACGCUCACGUGAGUUUCCUAGUCACUGUGCCCGUGUCGAGAGGGAAAAGAGAGCACUGCGAGUAUGUGUCUAGGAACCUGAACAGAGCUAGCUACUUCUGGUCUCUCGGGCUGCGAGCUUUCUACUUCUCCUUCCCGCUCUUUCUAUGGAACUUUGGUCCCAUCCCGAUGUUUGUUUGCUGCUGUAUGAUGUCAUCGAUUCUGUAUUUCUUGGACACCACCACUAGUUUCACCAGGCAUCUCCAUAGCGAGUCGUUCAGAGAAGUGGCUGAUUCCAUGGACGCUGAAAUCGAAUCGGCGGUUCAUGCUCUCUAG